CCCUUUCAAUUCACGAGUCUCUCCUCUCCGCAAGCAACAUGCACGCACCGUGGCGGCCCGCGCUACGUACCCACGUCUACCAGGCUUUGCCACGCAGGGCGCCGGCUGCAUCAACGGCCUCCGGUCCAGAACGUGAAAGAAAAGAAAACUAGGCAUGACACGAUCGGAGAGUCCAAAAUCACGAAGAAGCAAGGUUGAGCCAUUGCCCAUGAGGUCACAGAUAAUUUGGCUGCAGUCCGCCUCCGUCAUUGGCAGCACUAAAUAGGACCAGCGCCCCGACGCACCGUUUGUCUCGAGUUUGCUCUGCUGACCACCUCUCAGGACGCAAGCCCUUCUUCAACGUUGAUCUUUGGGGCAUCAGUCGCUGGGCUCGAACCCAGCGGCACAUCGGUCUCGCUUGUCGCUGCCCACCGACCUUCCGCGCCGAUAGCCACACCGUCUCAGCCUCUGUUCGAAAGCAACCCCGCCCAGCCACGCCUCGAAUCAUCCGCUAGCGCUCCCAAGAGCUGACGUCCCAACACCCGCUACCUCAGCCCAACGUCAUGGGGCUUGACGCUGGGUGUGACCGACGGUGACCCGCCUGCCAACUAAUUCCCCUUUGCACCUGUACGAAGGACGCAGACACAUCUUUGGCCUUCCGCUACCUGUUGUGCUGCGUGGAGACAGACGACUCUCGCAUUCUCCAAUGGCUCGACGGGCCGUCGCAAGCCAUUUAGUUAGCCUAUCAUGCGCAAGGUGAUGUAUUUGUACGAUCCCCGGAUUGAACACAGCCCAAGACGUGGUCCGUAGUCAGUCGAUCAGGUGCCCAUUCCGCUGCAGCACCAAGCCAUGUAGUCGUGAACCCUGCGUCCUCCUCCCGAGGGCCGCUCUGCCUUACUCCUCUUUCUCUCAAAACUACUUAUAUCCCGAUGUCUCUCCGGACUGCAGCUAUUCGAUUGUAGACUGUUGUUGUGUAUACUCAAAGAGAAGAGAGCCUCUCAAGGUCAGCUCUUGCAUGGACUUGUUAGAGUCGGUCUGGGGGCGAAUCACUUUAUAUCAUCAACACUCUAUGUAUCCUCGCCGAUCUUUGAGGCAACCUCAUCUCAUCCCCGACGAUGACUACUCUCGCAGCGACCGAAACCAGAACGUUGGGUGACGCCGCCUCGAUGCUAAAGUACGAGCUUCGCGGCGAGCUCGAGGAGCCCGGCCUUCGGGCUUCGUGCGGUUUCCAGCAGCGCCCCAUGUCCGUAACCCUCGACGGCACCUCAAUCUUCACCAUAGCUCUCUCCCUCGUCCUGCUCAUCCACUUCCUCGGCUCGCACCCCGUUCAGAUCCUCGUCAGCAUCGUGCCUCUCCUCCUCGCAGUUCACAACGACUAUCAAAACUUUAUCAACCUCGGCCCCGGUGGCACGCCAUCCACAUUCCAGGGCUACUUGCGCAUCACCUGGCUGCGGCUGUGGGCCCUCCGAGAUCCCUAUUCUGCGCCCAACCCAGACCCCUCCGGCGUCCCUGGGGAGGGCAUCCUCAGCCGGCAGCGGCUCCCGUAUCGGGCCGGGCCGCGGCCGCUUGUGGCGGGCAUCGCGCCCCAGCGGCAGGUGGACCAACACGGAUCUCAGUCCUGCUACCUAUCGCUGCGGCGGGCCAUGGAGCGGCUCAGCGCGCACAGCCCGCUCAAGUUCGGGACGGAGCGGUCGUGCCUCGAGAAGCACGGGCUGGCCCUCUUCGCGAGGCAUCCGCUGCAGACGAACUGCCAGGGCGAGAUCUGCCACGUUCACGACUCGGACCACUCGAUGCACAUGUGUCUGCACCCCGACGACAUCAGGGAGCUGCUGAGCAAGGGCUGGGGCCAGAGGCACCCGCUGGCACGCAAGGGCUGGCUGCUGCAGAUGCCUGUGUCUCCCAACUUCGUCAUGGUGUACGCUCCUCGAAAUGAGCAUGAGCUGCAAAUCACGUACAAGAUUGUCGAGGCGGCCAUCUGGUAUACCCUCGCCGAGCGCGUAGACCUCGACGCCUUGUCUAAAUGACGUUGCUAUCAAAAGAGGGGCGCUUUACAGGAGGAAUCGGUUUCAAGUCUGCAUUUGUCCGAAACUGGUAGCUAUUCGUUAGUAGGUCUAUGCCACGAUAGCCUGGGGUAUCUGAGCAAUUAAUAUACAUUCCAUGUUGUACAC